GACAAGGUGGCCCGCUGGAUGGUGUCGGGGGCCCAGGGCGCGCUGCUGUCCAGCGUGCUGAGGCCGGUGUACCUCACCUCGCUGGUGCUGGGGUCUCUCCUCCACCCCCACCAUAUGUAUCGGGCAAUCUGCGGCCGCAUCGAGUCCUACAUAUCGUCGCUGCCCCCACCUUUUCGGCUCCACAGGCCCCUCCUGGCUAGAGCUGCCAGCACAGAGGCUAGAACGCCGGCCAGGGCGCCGUCGUUCAGCGUGUGCUGGUGUGCUACGACGCCGUUGUCUCGAUAA